AAGAGAAGGGCGGCAAUGGAUCCAAUAUUGGUGGACCACAUCGAAUCAGAUGAUGAAUGGAUUGCUGAGAAAGAAGGCCCUAUUCUCCCAACUGAUCCAUCGUGGCUCGAAGAUCAAAAUAUGGCCUUUGAUAUUAAUGCCAUUACAACUAUUCCGGAGUCUGAUGAUCUAGUUGACAGCAAUGCACCAUCAACAUCUAAUAUUUCUGAAGGAGAUUGCCCCCCACCUUCCUCAAGGAAAAGGAAGGCAACUACUUUAAGUGGUCCCAUGGGAAGAUUUCUUACUCCUGUAAGAGAGGAAGGAGAUAUAGGAACGAGUGUUCAUGGUGUGGAUGAUGUACAUGCAGAUGUAGAUGCUGAUGCUGAUGAUGAAAGGCCUAGACCUGGUGACGAAGUGAAUGAGGAUGACGACAACGACGAUGACCUAUUAGAUAUAGAUGACCUUUAGAGUUUAGACACUAGAGUCUAGAGACUAAUUAUUGAGAAUUUGAGAUGUUGAUUUUGAGGAAUAUGACAUUUGUAUUGUACUUAAUGCUCUUAACUUUGGGAUUUUUAUUUUGAAGAAUGUGACAUUUAUAUAUUUUCCUUCUUUUUUUUUACUAUUUAAUAUUUAUCAUAUAUAUAUAUAUAUUUAAAUUAAAAAAUAGAAGUAUUGUGUAGCUUACGCUACACGCUACGAAGGGUUGAAUGCUACGCAACACGCUACCGCUAUU